AUGAGACUGAUACCAGCUAUCGUUGUCCUCUUUUCGCCUAUAUUCGCAGUCGCAUUGACUGUAAAUACGCCUCCGUUAGUAAAGGUCUACCGUCAUUGUCUGCCAACCUCUGCAAGUUUCAUGGAGCGGAGGAACCCCACCAUACUUCCUGACCAUCAUUCCUGGUCUGCUCUUGUGUUCUUCUCCUUGUGCAACAUGGAUUUAUAUGACCCAGGUGGCCAAAUAUCGGCUCUUCCACUCAAAUCAUUUGACCCCACAGACGCGGCUUUCGUUACAUGGACAGUCGACAUUGCUGUUGGUACCGCCAUCACCUUUUCAUUGAAGGACAACACUGGCGACACAGCUUUCUCUGACCAAGUCACUGUAUUGGCUGGAUCAGACUCCUCUUGCGUAAACUCUUCAAGCUCGCUCGACGACCCCGAGCACAACGAACUCUGGGCCCAGUCAGUCUCAGUCCACCUCUCGGGCACCUUCUACCAGUGCCUCUGGGACAGCAGCGAACAACUCGGCGGGAAGUAA